AUGAACUGUUUUAGCUUCCAGAGUCCCUCUGGUCCCCUUAUUGCCCAGCUGGGAGGGUCUGUCCUACUGCCCUGUGCUGCUGAAUCCCCCCUGCCUCUGGAGGAGCUGGAGGUGGAGUGGAGAAGAGCAGACUCUGGUGCCCUGCUGCACCUCUUCCAGGAGGGAGAGGAGAGACCAGAGUCACAGGAUGAAGCAUACAGGGGACGAGCUCACUUCUUCCCUGUGGAAAUUGCCAAGGGAAACUUCUCCAUCCUCCUCAAGAACGUGUCAGAAGGGGACAUUGGAGUUUACAACUGCAAGGUUUACACUGAACAUGAGGCAGAGGAAGCGAGAGUUAACCUUGUGAGAGUUGAGUUUUUAAUGGUACAUGGAUUAGCCCAUACUGUCUUGGGCCAUGUUGGUGGAGAGGUGGUCCUUGACUGCUUUGUGGAAUCCCAUGUUCCACGUGAAGAACUGGAGGAGGUGAAAUGGAAGAGAACAGACCAGGACAUCUUAGUUCUACUUUACCAAGACGGCGUGGUCCUCUCAGAUUCUUCACAUGAACGUUAUCUAGGUAGAACUGAGUUUUUCACCACAGAAAUCUCCAAAGGUAACUUCUCUCUGCGACUGGGGAGACUGAGGACUGAGGACAAAGGAGAGUAUGUCUGUGAAGCACACCAUGGUCUUCGGUCCGGAAACAAGACUGUUGAAUUGCAGAGUCUUAGACUCUCUGCUGUUCACCACAUGAUCUGGUUGUUAUGCACCAUAGCCUUUGGAUUCAGCAUUGCAUCUUUGGUUCAUUUCAUUCAGUCAAAGACAGCGUCUGACUGGAAGGCCAUGCGAGUGCACAUAUCACUGGUCAUUGUCCCAAACAUUGUACUUUGUGUGGCAUUUAUUCUCUGGGGAGUAUGUAGUGAGGGUUUCACUGAUGAAGUGGCUUUGUGUGCAACAGUCUGCUUGACACGGAUAGUUUGCUGCUUUUGGAUCAGUCCACACCUGGAUAAAUUCCCAGAAUGUUUGCAGAGUUCCAUCAAGAUAUUUGGCAUUCUGGUGCAGUAUUCUGCUAUCACAAUAGUCUUCUAUUUAGUUGCCUUUAUCAACAGGAAAAGGAUCAGCUUCUUGGGUCACACUAUCGUGCAAAAGUGGGAGUUCGAACACUUCUUCGGACUGAUACCUUUUUUUUGUCUUUGUGGUCUCGUUGCUGUCUCCAUUCGGGCGAAGUGUCCAUUCCUGUACUGCAUUGAGGAAAAAGAGAAACGACCACAUGGAAUAUUUUCAUUCCUAUUCAUGGAGCUCAGCAGCUUGUUUCAGAUUCUUUUCAUAUCACUCAUUACAUCGUCAUUUAAUCCAGCUACUGGAAUAGCUCUCUGUGUCAUCCUGGCAUUUCAACCUUUAUCUCUAGUUACCAUACGCUAUCUGAGAAAGAGGUUUCUUUGUACCAAUCUGUUGUGGACUAUCACCAUGGCCGUUUUGGUACCUCUGUAUAUGGCGGUAUAUCUGUGGGUUUUGUAUCAAGUUCAGGACUUUGUUCAAAAGGUAUUUCCAUAUGAGCGUGAUGGUGUCAUGGCAGUGACAGCUCUUCUUAAAGUUUUAACCGCAAUGUCUCUUUUAGAACAUCCAGGUGAUUGUGAAGUAUCGGUGAAUGGGUCAACUCCACAUCUUAUUGUGUACAGGUUUGGAGCUACUGUACUGAGUGCUGUGAAUGCCAUCGCCCUGACUGGAGAGCUAAUACUGAAAGCAAGAAAUGGAAGAAGAUGGAUGUCUGACCUGAGACUGGUUUCUCUGCCAUGUGAAUGUAUUUUUGUUUGCGGUUGUUUUUUCCUGCUGGUGUACAAUCACAGGAAAUGCUGCAGAAGACGAGAAGGGCCUACUCACAGGCACAAUAGGGAUCACAGGUAAGUAGCACAAGAACACUACUGUACACAUACUUUAGCUUAAAGGGACACUGUGCAGGAAAUUGUCAAAAAAGGUACUGCAACUAUGCCUGUGAGUAGCUUUGUACUAUUGUUACCAAUAUAGGCUACUGCUAGCUUGUCUUGGAAAAGUAGAAAUCCCCUCACGGACCACCUGAGCUCUGUCGCGGACCACCAGUGGUCCCCGGACCACACUUUGAGAAUCACUGCCUUAAAGUACACCCAAGCCAUGUAUCCUAACAAUGUUUACAAAUUCUGCCUCAGAGAAUUAUAACAUGGCAAUACAGUAGCAGAAGAACACUACUGUACACAAACUUUAGCCUUAAAGGGACACUGUGCAGGAAGUGGUCAAAAAAGGUACUGCAACUAUGCUGCUCAUUGAAACUG